AAGCAGCUGUUUUUUGUUUUUUUUUCUCAGGAUGAUUUGCGGACAGAUGGCAGAGGAUGUGAAGACUACAGAGGGAUUGAAGUGGAGACUGAUGUUGUGUCAAACACUACUGGAUCUGCCCGCGUAAAAAUUGGUCACACAGAUGUACUGGUUGGAGUCAAAGCAGAAAUGGCGACACCUAAGUUAGAGCGGCCAUGUGAAGGGUUCUUGGAGUUUUUUGUGGACUGUUCGGCAAACGCAACUCCAGAGUUUGAAGGUCGUGGGGGAGACGAGCUUGGCACAGAAAUUGCAAAUACGCUGUACAAGAUAUUUGAUAACAAGAGCAGUAUUGACCUUGAAUCCCUUUGCAUUUUGCCAAGAGAGCACUGCUGGGCCCUUUAUAUUGAUGUUCUGGUUUUACAAUGUGGCGGAAACCUUUUUGAUACAAUGUCUGUUGGUGUGAAGGCAGCAUUAUUUAAUACAAGGAUUCCUAAAGUGAGUGUUUUGGAAGAUGAAACGGGAACCAAAGAAAUUGAACUGUCAGAUGAUCCUUAUGACUGCAUGCGGCUAAAUGUAGAAGAUGUUCCGUGUAUUGUCACACUUUGCAAAAUAGGUCACCGACACGUGGUAGAUGCCACCUUGCAGGAAGAAGCCUGCUCUUUGGCCAGCAUCCUGGUUGCUAUAAACAUCAAAGGCACCCUGACUUGCAUGAGAAAAAUGGGCAAAGGAAGCUUGGAUCCUGAAUGCAUCUUUGAGAUGAUUGAGGUAAAGACAUGA